AUGGGUCGACACUUGUCGAACAAAGUUCGAUGCACCUUCUCUGAUGGAAAUUCGGGCUUUUUACGAGCAGCGCGAGCAGGAAAUCUUGAGAAGGUUUUGGAAUACCUUCGUUCAUCAAUUGAUAUAAAUACUAGUAAUGCUAAUGGAUUAAAUGCACUACACUUAGCAUCAAAGGAGGGUCAUGUAAAUAUUGUUCAAGAACUUCUUUCACGUGGUGCCAAUGUCAACGCAGCAACGAAGAAAGGAAAUACAGCUCUUCAUAUUGCAUCAUUAGCUGGUCAGGAAGAAGUUGUUAAACUUUUAGUUAAACAUAAUGCUAAUAUUAAUUGUCAAUCACAAAAUGGAUUCUCUCCUUUGUAUAUGGCUGCACAAGAGAAUCAUAUCGAAGUUGUUAAAUUUCUGCUCGCUAAUGGCGCUAAUCAAAGUUUAGCAACUGAGGAUGGAUUUACACCUUUGGCUGUUAGCCUUCAACAAGGACAUGAAAAAGUUGUUGCUAUACUUCUAGAAAAUGAUUCCAAAGGUUCAAAAGUUCGUUUACCUGCAUUACAUAUAGCAGCAAAAAAAAAUGAUACCAAAGCAGCUGCCUUAUUAUUACAAGGCGAUAAUCAACCAGAUCUUAACUAUAAGGGAGGAGGUUUUGUUAAUUGUACAACUAAGUCUGGUUUUACUCCAUUACAUAUAGCAGCUCAUUAUGGAAAUUUAGAAGUUGCACAAUUAUUAAUUAGUCGUGGCGCCGAUGUCAAUUAUGCAGCAAGUCAAAAUAUAACACCACUUCAUGUAGCAUCUAAAUGGGGUAAAGCAAACAUAGUACAAUUAUUACUUGAAAAAGGUGCACAAAUUGAUGUUAAAACAAAGGAUGGAUUAACACCUCUGCAUUGUGCUGCUCGAUCUGGUCACGACCAAGUUGUUGAUUUAUUACUUGAAAAUGGUGCUCCAUUUGGCGCAAAAACAAAAAAUGGUCUCUCAGCACUUCAUAUGGCUGCUCAAGGUGAUCAUGUUGAUGCUGCACGUAUUUUACUUUAUUAUAAAUCUACCCUUGUCGAUGAUGUUAGCUCGGAUUAUCUUUCACCUUUACAUGUUGCAUCACAUUGUGGUAAUUAUAAUGUUGCUAAACUCUUAUGUGAACGUCGUGCUGAUGUUAAUGCUAAAGCUUUAAAUGGUUUUUCAUGUUUACAUAUAGCAUGUAAAAAAAAUCGUUUAAAACUUGUUGAAUUAUUAAUAUCAAAUGGUGCCGAUUUAGAAGCUAAAACUGAAUCGGGUUUAACUUGUUUACAUGUUGCAUCAUUUGUUGGUAGUCAUGAUAUUGUUAUUUAUUUAAUACAACAUGGUGCAAAUAUAAAUUCUACAACAAUACGUGGUGAAACACCAUUACAUUUAGCAACACGUAAUAAUCAAGUUGAAAUUGUUCAAACAUUACUUCGUCAUGGUGCAUCUGUUGAUAUGAAAGCUAAAGAAGCACAAACAUGUUUACAUUUAGCAACACGUUUGGGAAAUAUUGAUAUUGUUAAUUUAUUAUUAAAAGCUAAUGCUAAUGUUGAUAGUACAACAAAAGAUGGAUAUUCAAGUUUACAUAUAGCAGCUAAAGAAGGACAUGAAGAAAUUGCUAGUUUAUUAAUUGAUCAUGGAGCUAAUUUAAAUUUAUUUACUAAAAGAAAUUUUUCUGCAUUACAUAUUUGUAGUAAAUAUGGUAAUAUUAAAGUUGCUAAUCUUCUUUUACAAAAAGGAGCUAAACCAGAUUGUCAAGGAAAAGUAAAUUAUAUAUAUUAA